AACGUCAGUUAUAAGUUUCACUAACUUGCAUGAAUAGGUUAGAAAACAGAAAGCUAGCGCCACGAAUACAGAUGUGUGUUAACGUCUAUGGUCGGACGGUGUUAGGUAGCUAGCAUGCUGUGUUGCAAAAGCGUUGCUGGCAGGCAAAACCCAUCUUGUUCAUGCAUUCGCUUGGCUAUUGAAGCAGUAACGUUAUGCGUUGGCAGUUUAUAUACAUUCUUUAAAACAGAGUUUGUAGACCGUAGCUAGCUAGGUAUGAACAAGCAGGAAGUCCAGCCUGUUUGUUGUUACGUUAAUUGUCAUUUAGCUAGCUACAAUGACAAUGGUAAUGAAGAUAUUAAAUGAUUGGACCUAGGCCAGGGGUGUUAAAUUCAUUUUGCCCGGGGGCCGCAUUAGGUAUUUCAACGAUAAUUGGUUAUUUUUCCUCACCCUCAACAUUUGCAAAAAAAAAUGUCCUCUUCUGAUGCUCCCUGACUGUCUAGCUUUCAUUUUGGUGAUUUUGUUAUUUAUAGUCUACACAGUUUCGAUUUGGUUUUAGUCAUUUGAAGGUAUAUUCAACCCCCACCCCCUUUAAUUAUUAUUUUUAAUUAUUUAUGUUUUACUCAACCCAACCGCGGGCUGGAUUGGACCCUCUCGCAGGCCUUAUGUUUGACACCACUGACCUAUGCUAUGGGUUGCCAAUAGAAAACAUGGCUCGCAUUUGUCAAAUUGGAUAUUGCCCAAUUACCAUUGCAGCCAAAACAUUAAAAUGUGUGUGUGAGAGAGAGUGAGUUUGAAGGGACCAAGCAAAGCCUUCCUGCAACGCAGGAAGAAGAGGGCCAGCAGCAGACGCUGGGCUGUUAUGAGUAAACGGCUUCAAGAAACACCUAAGCCCAUCAUCACACCUGUAAUCACACAACUUGGAAAUUGUGACCCAAUCACCCAAACCAGUCCAGUUCCUUUGCUAGGUGUCAGAGGGUUGCUGCUGGCAUUUGGCAAGGUAUGCCAAAUCUGGAGGAACUGCCUGAGCCAGUCAUUUUCUGGAUUCUUGAAAACAUUUUUCUUCUGGCGGGGGUAUGCCAAACAAUUCGAGACCCUCCAGAAUCAAAUGGCUGAGCUGCAGAGGGAGAUGGAUGCCUUGCAUUCUGCUCUUCAGCAGGGGGGUAGCACUGCAUGCCACUGCCAUGGGACUGUGGCUUGUGGUUUAGUCCGUACAAUGUUCCCUACUGCUCCCCUUCUUUCGUUGGGCUGUGGGUCCAGUGUAGACCCUCUCCCUGCUCUCACACCAUCAGUCCCAGCCCCACCACCUCCACCACCACCACCACCACCACCUCCUCCUCCCCUAUCUACCACUUUUCUGCAACCCUACGUCCCUAAAAAAAGAGUGGCCUCCAAUGCUCAAUACAGCUCCAAGGAGAAGCAGGACAUACUGGUGGCCGUGACCCUCAGGGAUUUACAGACCGUUAAACUGAGAAAGGUCAUUGUCAGCAGUGUGAAAUCAAAGAGGACUCCAGAGAAGAUACGUGCCCCUCUGGUCACUGUGGCAGACCUGCAGAAUGUCCGUCUGAAACGAUCCCACUGCCAACUACCCCCUAAGCUCCCCAAAUGCCUUAGCGCUGGCAGAACACCUUCUAAAAACCCCAUGAGUCUGCGUACACAGCUGAAGAGGGUUCAAAUCAAUAGGAGUCCUGGUGGUACUCCUCUGUUUGACAAGGAGAAUAUGGGGGCAGGCACUGGCCUCACCCCCAUCACGACUCAGGCUCUGCAACACAAGUUCCAGAGUGCGUUACCACGAGGACCGUCUCCAAAGAUAAAGAGUUGCAAUGGAAGCUUUGAUAAUCAAAACUGAGACAUAUGUUGAUAAAUACAAUGUUGAUCCAGACGAGUUGAAAUGUAACAGUGAAAAGCAGCUGUUCUGAUAAAGUUAGUGUUGUAUGUGGAUGGUAUGCAAGCUAUGGAUAUAACUUUUGGGCAAUGCACAUUUACUAGCGCAUUCUGCUUUCCACUGCUGAAUGGGUUACUGCUUUCCUUUGCUGGAUGGGCUACAUAAUGCUUUCCAUUGCUGAAUGGUUUAUUAAGUGCUAGGGAAAUUGAGGAUGAAAAGAGGAAACACUGUUGUCUUGAACCACUUUUAAAAUUAACAUAAAUUCUGAAAGCAAGCAUUUUCUGUUAAAGCUGCUUUUACAGAACAGUCCUGUUAAUUGAAUGACAGAUGAUGACUUGCCUUGACUGCCCCUCUGUAUCAGACAUAGGAUUGGUCAAUCCCGACACUGCCUUAAUUAAAGCUUCAUGCUUCAGUGUGCCAUACUGAGAUUUAAAAGGCAGUAGUUGAGAUACUCUGUACAUGUUGAGGAAACACAAUCUAUGUCGGAGUUACUUGAACUGAGUGAGAUGCAUCACAUGUUUUUAAUGUGGGUUCAGUUAUUCGUCAUUUUAUGAGGAAGUAACUGUAUCUAAUGGACUUUGUUUGGAAAUUGCACAUUGACUAGGGAUCCAAUAUGUUUGUGAGCUAUUGUGUUUUGAUCUUUGUUUGUCACUUUUUUCUCAAAUCUUAUAUUGCAUGAUAUUUUUUAUUUGCUACUGUAACCAAAUAAAAUGUUACAUUUUUAA